AUGGCUUCUCAGAAAAUUACAAAUGCCCUUGCAGGCAUCGAAGCCAACUCCCACCAACCCACCAAGCUCCAACAGUACAAUGAGCUCCUCAACAACAUGGUCAGCAACACAUCCGGCCACGAACUAGCCCAAGACCUAGUCUACUACCUAGACUCAAUCCUCAAUGAAGACGUCAGCAUUGUCGCAGCUCGCCCCCUCCUCGACUCCUUCAUCACAGUCCUCCAAACCCUCGAACCCGAAACCAAAAUCAAAGUCGGCCAACACGCAGUCACCCUCCUCCAAUCCCGCUCCGCCUCAGUAGAAGAACAAGACUCGCAAAUCCGCGAGAUCCUCGCAGAUGCCUACGAAUCCGAGGAAGAAUACACAGCCGCAGCACGCGCCCUACAGGGGAUUCACAUCGACAGCUCACAGCGCCUCGUCUCCGACGCAGCAAAGGCCCGCCUCUGGAUUCGCAUCGUGCGCUACUACCUCGAAGACGACGAUACCACAUCAGCAGAAGCAUUCCUUAACCGAAUCAAGAAUUUACCCAGUAAAAUUGAGGACCACGAUUUAAAGCUUUACUUCCAGCUCUCGCAGGCCCGUAUCCUCGAUGCUCGUCGCCGUUUCCUAGAUGCCGCGCAGGAAUACUUUAAUGUUAGUCUGGCGCCUGGCGUGGACGAAGGUGAUCGCCUCACGGCUCUGUCGGCUGCUAUUCGCUGUGCUGUCCUCGCGCCUGCUGGUCCCCAGCGUUCGCGUUCCCUUGCUCGUCUAUACAAGGAUGAUCGGACGCCGUCUGUCGAUGAGUUCGCUAUUCUUGAAAAGAUGUUCCUUGAUCGACUUUUGACUGCUGAGGAGGUUGCUGCUUUCUCGAAGAAACUUGCUCCUCAUCAGCUUGCUGUUACUGCUGAUGGCACGACUGUCCUCGAUAAGGCUGUUAUUGAGCAUAAUCUCGUGGCUGCAAGUAAAUUGUACGAGAAUAUCCAUAUCGAUUCUCUCGGGUCGAUCCUGGGUCUCCAGUCUUCAGGUGAUUUGUCUGCUGGAGAAAAGGCUGAAGCCUAUGCCGCCCGCAUGGUCGAGCAGGGUCGUCUCCGGGGUCACAUUGAUCAGAUUGACGGUAUCAUUUCUUUCAAUGCUGAAAGCUCGGGUGGUUCAUCUGCGGGCGGGUCAAAUGGGACAAAGCUUCGUCAGUGGGAUCUUGGUGUGCAGGAAGUUGCUCAAGACGUGGAGCGCGUGGCUGCUAGUAUUUCUGAUCAAUACCCGGAAUUCACUACAAGCCAGAUGGUUCAUUGA